AGAACCGUGCCACUGACUUGAUAGGUUUUUUUGUCUUUUCUCUCGUCCCUAUUUUCGCACUUCCUUUUCCUAUUAUUUGCAUUGAGUGUGUGCCAGCCACCAGAAUCCGGCAUGGCGGAGGAAGGCCACAGUAUCGAUGGUCUCGUGCAAGGCUACCCGAAGAAAGACGGUACUUUCGAGUAUGGAACGGCUGGGUUCCGAAAAGAUGCGGAGGUCAUGGAUUUCAUCGUCAUGAGGAUGGGACUGUUGGCUGCACUCAGGUCGAAAGUGUGUGGUGGAGAAGUCGUCGGAUUGGUCAUAACUGCCUCUCACAAUCCCGUCAAGGACAAUGGUGUAAAGCUGGUCGACCCAGACGGCGGCAUGAUGGCUGAGGCUUGGGAGGAGAUUGCGACACACUUGGUCAAUGUCAAUGACGGCGAUGUGGCGGGAGCUGUGGGUGACAUUGCAAAGCGUUUCAACGUUGACGAUGCCGCUACUGGCUGUGUUUACAUUGGCCGUGAUACGAGACCCAGCAGUGACCGAUUGCUGCAAGCUGCUAUGCAGGGUGUUUCCGGCAUACCCAAUGUGUCCAGUCAAGACUUUGGUGUUGUGUCGACGCCCCACCUACACUUUCUUGUGCGUGCACAUAACCUCAAGCAGAGCUCAGACUACUGGAAUGUUAUCGGAGAGAACUACCAGCUAGUGGCCAAGUCCUUGCCGAUAUCCGAUGGCAGUGCGUAUACGGGAGAUGUUCUUGUUGACGGUGCUAACGGUGUGGGUGCUGGCUGUGCAGUGCAGCUCAACAAAGCGUGUGGUGACUACUUGAACCUGAGCGUUAUCAAUGAUGGCACCACAGGUGUGCUCAAUCUCGAUUGUGGUGCAGACUAUGUCAAGUCCAAUCAACGAGAGCCACCGAAUCACGAGUUUCUUCCCAACCAGCGCUGUUGCUCGUUUGACGGUGAUGCUGAUCGUAUUGUCUACUUUUCCAAAGAUGGUGAUAACGUGUUUCAUCUGCUUGAUGGAGACAAGAUUGCUGUGCUGAUUGCUGAGUUCAUCAUGGAGCUUCUUGAAGCAGCAAGCCUGCACUUGAAUGUUGGUGUUGUUCAGACGGCCUACGCCAAUGGUGCUGCAACCAAUGUCCUGGAAGAGCGGAAAAUUCCGAUUGCGUGUACAUCAACCGGAGUGAAGCACCUGCACCACAAAGCCAAGGACUUUGAGAUUGGUGUGUACUUCGAAGCCAACGGUCAUGGAACGGUCUUGUACAGUGACAAAGCAACGAAGAUGAUCACGGACGCCAAGGCAGCGGAAUCAGAAACUGACUCGCUUGGUCCUGCCGGCCAGCUGUAUCACUACAUGCAGAUCUCCAAUCAAGCGGUGGGUGAUUCCUGCGCUGACCUGUGCAUGGUGGAGUUAGCACUGCGCAAGAAACAGUGGUCUGUUCAGGACUGGGAUGGCCAGUGCAAGUUUCUACCAAACCGAAUGCUCAAGGUCAAGGUUGCUGAUCGGCGUGUAAUCAAGACAACCAACGCCGAGCGACAAGUCACCGAGCCAAGCGAUCUCCAGCCCGCCAUCGACAGUCUAGUGGCAGAGUAUGAACAGGGCCGGUCAUUUGUCAGGCCCUCCGGUACUGAGGAUGUUGUACGUGUGUACGCUGAAGCCAAUACACAGGUCACUGCCGAUCACCUUGCUGCUCGCGUAGCCUGCGCUGUGUUUGACAAUGCGGGCGGCAGUGGGCAACGACCACAGGAGCCAUCACCGCUUGGUGCCAAGCGAGUCAAGCACUAGCCACCCUGGAAUUGUGCAGUCCAGGACGGGACGCCGCGACUAGUCGGAUUGCUGUUGCAUGGCCAGAAUAGCCAGUAGGGAUCAUUUCAUCCGGUGGUACUUGACGCUUGAGACCACCAGUGUAACACUGUUAGCACUGUCGCGCCACUCUACACAACUGUUGGUUGCAUUUCACGGUUCAUAGUUUGAAGGAGCCCUGUGACCUGUAUGUGGCAGGCCCGUCGUUGCUAUCAUUGUUACUUCUUUCUCUUACUUUUUUUUACUUCAAGUUAAUAGUUCGGUCUAUUCGCUACAUAUUUUUAGCACAGUGCUGUGCAGCAUGUUUUAACACUGUAUUUUCUCCAUUACUCCUACCUAGAGUCUUCACUGAAUCAUUAUUAUGAUAUUCUAGUAGAACCAACGCAUAUGGCCGAUUGGUUUGCAGGCCUGCCUGCGAAUCAUGAGGUCCCGAGUUCAAGACCCGCGCUGGUAGCAGGGAGCGUGGUAAAAAGACUUUUUACGCGUGUUGAACUGCGCCGACACCCACGGUCAACUGGGUACUCACAGCUCGGAGUGAGAAUAACAAGGAUGCAGUUUACAGGGUUAUGGGCCGUUACACGCCCGAUUGGUUGAGAGACUAACCUCCUCUCCCCUGACUCACUUGUGAGGUCUGCAUUCGCCACUAAGGUUAACAGGCAUAGUGGUGGCCUGCGGAUGCGAAGGCUAGUUUGAGUGUUUCUGGACAUUCAAGCGAUGCCGACGCGGAUCCCGCGAAUAUUAUUUAUUAUUAUUAUUAGUUGGCUGAUGUGUCAUGAAUGGCGUUGAUCGCCCACACAGCAAGUAACUAAACCCACAUGAUCACAUGUUUUGCUUUCACCGCAGAACUCAGUAAUAAGUAUUCAUUGAAAUUAAAA